AUGGGAGAUGCGUCAGACGACCAAAAGGCUCCAAUCGAGUCAAGUCAGCACGAUGCGCCUGAAGUACAGGUGAUUGACGGAGGUCGCCCAUCGAUCAGAAGCUUUGCUACGACUACGAAGCUCAGACCGAAUGAUAUAGUCAGGGUACUAUCAAAUGGAUCGACAUACACCGUGUCGGAAGUACGGGGAGGAAAGUACAUCCUUUGCGAUGAUAGCGGCAAGGAGGUUAUGCAGGGGCGCGAGUAUGAUGAGAGUGAGUUGGAAUUGGUGGAUGACCCUUUCUAG